AUGGACGAGUUAUUUGUUAACGACAUUAUCGCCGUUAUUCGAGUUACCAAAUUACUUGAGCGAUUCGCUCUUGUCAUUGUCGAUCUUAAGAAGAUCUUGCUAGGUAUCCGACCAACGUGCGAUCCUGAGCGGUAUUACAACGACGUUCGGCCCUUUUUCAGAGGCGAAGAUUCCUCGCACGAGCAGCGGAGGUGGAUCUUCGAAGGUAUCGAGGAGUAUCCCGAUUUGAUGGAAUCUGAGGUGACGAAGGAGUUAUCUGGGGCUAGCGCGGCGCAGAGUUCGCUGAUAUACGCUUUGGAUGCUUUUCUUGGCGUGAAGUAUGUUCGUUCUUCAUCUUUCAUGGCGAGGAUGCAGAAAUAUAUUCCCAAGAAUCACCGGCUUUUCUUAGACCAUUUGUCUGAUUGCAGUCUCAGGCGUUUCGUGAUGGAGAGAACGAAGAAAAGGGAAGGAGAGGAAUUACUUAAGGCUUACAAUGAUUCAGUCAAAGCCUUGAAGGAAUUCAGGGAUGGCCAUAUGGUUAUUGCUACGUUGUAUAUUCUUGGACCGGCUAGGAGAGCUCGAAACCGGCUGCAGGAUCCUGGAGAGACGAUGAAAUUGAAGAAGAGGUCUCUCAAGGGCACAGGCGGCACAGACGUGGUUCAAUUCCUGAAGGGAGUGAGGGACCAGACUUCGAAGACCAUACUUGUUGCAACGUCCUCAUGA